AUGGAUAACGAACACAUCAGCGUCAUCUUCCUGGCGACUUUGAUCGUUUCAUCGAGUGCUCAAGAAGGCAAGGGCUCCGCCUCGCUGGUCGUGAAGAACGCCCAUCUGGAUUGGGGGGCCUGGUGCGACUACCCAAACACCACCAACGAAGCCUCGUCCCCAGAGUUGGAGCACAUAUCUUCCGGCAAUGGCUCCCUCACCAUUGCGGCCUGUGGCAAGACGCUCUUCACCGGGACCAAAGGCUCCUUCCAGCUCUACGACCGCCAGCUCCCAUCAUCCCCGGCAUUCAACGUUUCCUUCGACUCCCCGGCCCUGGCCUCCAACAGCUUCAGCGUGAGCAGCGGCAAGAACUUUCUGGCCUUUGUCCGUCCCUCGCAGAUCCAGCCCCGUGGACCGCUCGGCCUAGUAGAGCUGACGCUGCUCAAGGAAGUGUGA